AUGUAUACAAGCCGCUCCCAUCUCGGCGCUGGCAGUUCCCCCGCGCGCGCUUUGCCCCUCUCGUGUCCGGCCCGUCCCUCGUCGCUCUCUCUCCUCUCCUGUCGCGCUCCGUGCACAAGCCUCAAUCGCAACCGUUCAGCACUACCGCAGUGCUUGUACAAGUUGAUGACCAAGGUCCUCGUAGCAAGGCUGAACAAAGUGCUGCCAUCCGUUUUUCCCCCUUCACAACAUGGUUUCAUGCUUGGUCGAAAGGCCUCGGACGCGGGAAGUCACUUGUCCCUGCUCCUCAAACAAAUUUGCUCCCUUGACCUUGCUGACUCGGCUCUCCUAUCGCUUGAUCAGGAAAGCGCAUAUGACCUAGUUGAUCAUGACUGGAUCAUGAGCGUCUUUCAAGCGAUGGGAGCGCCAGAACGCUUCCUUGGCCUUCUCAACGUUAUUUACAGAUCGGUGUCACUUCGUUACAUCAUCAAUGGAUACCUCACGGAGGCUGUGCGCAUGCUGUGCGGGCUCGGGCAAGGAGAUCCCGUGAGUUGUCCCAUCUGGAACGUGUGCUUUCAGCCCUACCUCGAUGCCCUAGUGAGGAAAAAAUUGCCCUUGAUCUCAGAGCAGUAUUUCAUCCCACCCGAGCUGGAAUCCUCACCCACCUCGCCUUUGCGGACGAUGCAAUCGUGCACGUCUCCGAGUCGUCACCGGCAGCACUCGAUCUCCUGA